GCGAAACAAACAUGGCGAUGGAUUCAAGUGGCUGGGGCUUUACGUUAACUUUAUUCGUGUUUUCAUAUGUUUUUGCGAUUAGGCUGGUUGAAGCUUCGGUUUCAGACUCGAGGGAAACCACGCGGAUACUCGGCAUGAGGCUAGAGAAGAGCGACAAGCCAGCCGAGACCACGGAAGGGGGAGAUAUUCAGGUGACCGAGGGGAGCGAGAUCUCCUUAAGGGUCUACGGGCUCCACUUGUUCCCCAAUAGCUCGGAUAUCAUCAGGUUCAGUCAACUGUUCGUCAGUGAUAAAGAAGAUGCUGAUUUCUCAGAUAAAUGGUUAAACAGGACUUGUCCCAAAGAUCUGAAAGAUAUUGAUGUUAGGGGACCCAUGAAGGUAAAUGACGAAAACACCUCAGGGACAGUCUCCCUCAGCAUCAAGCAGCUCCGUAAGAAUGAGGUGGUGAAAGUGUUCGGCUUGUGCGUCCUGGACGCCCGGGAUCAGAAGUGGUACCUGAUGGACGAAGAAGACGGCAGGCUGCGCGUGGUGGAGGCGAAGAAGUCCAUGCUGCCCAUCUGGCUGCAGAUUAUCCUCAUCUGCUUCCUGCUGGUGCUGUCUGGCAUGUUCAGCGGGCUCAACCUGGGACUGAUGGCGCUGGAUCCGAUGGAACUGCGCAUCGUGCAGAACUGCGGCACAGAGAAGGAGAAGAAGUACGCGCGGAAGAUCGAGCCCAUUCGUAGGAAGGGCAACUACCUGUUGUGCUCACUGCUGCUCGGUAAUGUCCUGGUCAACACUACGCUCACCAUCCUCCUGGACGACCUCACCAAGUCCGGGGUCGGAGCAGUCGUCGCCUCCACUGUCGGCAUCGUAAUAUUUGGCGAGAUUGUCCCCCAGGCUCUGUGCUCCCGACACGGAUUAGCAGUCGGGGCGAACACGAUCGUCCUCACCAAGCUGUUCAUGCUUUUGACUUUCCCUCUGUCCUGGCCCAUUAGCAAACUCCUGGACUGCGUGCUGGGCCAGGAGAUCGGCACCGUGUACAACAGAGAGAAGCUAGUGGAGAUGUUAAAAGUCACCGAGCCCUACAAUGACCUGGUGAAAGAGGAGCUCAACAUGAUCCAAGGAGCGCUGGAGCUCCGGACUAAAACAGUGGAGGAUGUCAUGACGCCAAUCAACAACUGCUUCAUGAUCCACAGCGACGCCGUGUUGGACUUCAACACCAUGUCCGAGAUCAUGGAGAGCGGCUACACCAGGAUACCCGUGUACGAAGACGAGCGCUCCAACAUCGUGGACAUCCUCUUCGUCAAGGAUCUGGCCUUCGUGGACCCAGACGACUGCACCACCUUGAAGACCAUCACCAAAUUCUACAACCAUCCGGUCCACUUCGUCUUCCACGACACCAAGCUGGACGCCAUGCUGGAGGAGUUCAAAAAAGGAAAAUCCCACCUGGCCAUUGUCCAGAAGGUGAACAACGAGGGGGAAGGAGAUCCUUUCUACGAAGUGUUGGGGUUGGUCACCCUGGAAGACGUCAUAGAGGAGAUUAUCAAAUCAGAAAUUCUGGAUGAAUCUGACCUUUACACUGAUAAUCGCACCAGGAAAAAGGUGGCACCCAACAAAAACAAGAGAGACUUCUCUGCCUUUAAACAUGAGAGUGAAUCUAAGGUGAAGAUCUCUCCUCAGCUGCUGCUGGCUGCCCAUCGUUUCCUGGCUACAGAGGUGAGCUUGUUCAGCCCGUCUCAGAUCUCAGACAAGGUGCUGCUGCGAAUCCUGCGUCACCCCGAUGUGAUCCAGGAGAUCAAGUUCAAUGAGAAUGAUAAACGGUCGUCCCAUCACUACAUCUACCAAAGGGGCAAGCCGGCCGACUACUUCAUUCUCAUCCUACAGGGUCGAGUGGAGGUGGAGGCUGGAAAUGAGAACAUGAAGUUUGAGACUGGACCUUUCUCAUACUAUGGUAUCAUGGCACUCAGUGCUCCCACACUGGUGGCUGCACAUCGUCCUCGUCACCUCUCCUUUAAGAGGUUUUCUCUGUUCUCUCGGUUGCCAGAGUUUCGUUCACCAUCCCAUAUCAGCGGCUUAAACCGAACAGCCUCGAUGAGCGGAGCCGACCGGAUGGAGUCUCUCUCGGUCAGCGGCAGCAACAGUCAGCUCAACAACAGCAUCCCCAUGCAGCAGUACAUACCAGACUUCUACGUCCGAGCCCUCACUGACCUACAGUUUGCCAAGAUCACACGAGCUCAGUACCAGAACGGCCUGAUGGCAUCUCGCCUGGACAGCACGCCGCAGUCCCCCGAGAGCAGCCACAACACUAUUCGUAUGGAUCAGACGCCUCCCGCCACCAUCGGUAACACCACCAUUACGGACCUGGGAGCAGACUCCACCCCUACGGAGAAUGGCCCGGACGAGACGACGCUUCUCCUCCUCAAUGAGCAGAACGCGCCACACACAGGCAACCACCACAACCAGGUGGAGAACAGAAUCUGACAGCCUCCACUGGUACCAGCCCUCCAUACUACUACAUUGGCCCACGUGCACUACUACGCCUGGUUGUAUGCCGAGGAGGGGAGGAUUGUGUGUGAGUGUGCGUGUUUGUGUGAGUGGGAACGCAGGCACAUGCAUGGUGUAGCUGAUGAGGCCCAAAGAGUCAAGCCACAUGCAUACUGUGUAAAUAUGCAAAGAUUAAACACACACACAGUCGUGCACACACAGAGCAAACACAGACUGAUGAGUCAAAACAUUUUGACUGCGCUUAAAGGAUGAACAGGAUAUUUACGGCCAUAAUGUUUGGGCUCAUCGGUGUACACACACAUACCAAAGUCUCCACACCUCUACCGAUCGAUGGAAGUUUAGUGACAGAAACUAGUAUCGCGUCAGUGUUUGCACAUGCCUCUUGAUCUGAAGGACCUGUUUGUCUGGACCAGAAAGCUCCUCCAUUUCUCGUUCAGAGGUGUUACCGAUUAUUUAAGUGUGUGUGGUGUAGUGUGUGUGAGAAAGAGUGUGCGUUGCUUCUAAAUCACUGUCCCUAAUCAGAGACUCAGGGAGACUCCGCCCUCCUCCUCAUUUCCGGAUGUACGUAAAAGCAAGUGUGGUCGAAAGCCCCAAACCAGCCCAUCGCCGCAUGUGUAGCAACCUGCAUCCCCCUCCUCCAUACAGCUAGAGGACAAAGACAACCCGAGCAUGUCUGCGGAGUUCACACAAAGUAAUACAUGUACCAUAGAAAUUUAUAGUGAGAUAUUUAUUGGGGGGAUUUUGUGGUUAAAUGAGGAUGGGGAUGGGGUGGAUUUCUAUCUAUAGAGAUAUAUUUUCUCUUCCUUGUUUCCUGCAUAGAAACAGUUGGUAGCCCAGAGCCUUUAUCCCAGAGUUGUUAAGAGAUUUGCCGCUGAUAGACCACCAGUCUGUAUUGUGAACAAGACAAUCAACAUGAAUAUUUUGAAUGUGUUAAAUUAAAUAUGUAGGGUACGUUAACUGUGGCUGCCCUGCUCUCUUGUUUUGUUUCUAAAGACGAUGGGUAGUCUGUGUCUGUGCGUGAGUUUGCGUGUACGAGACCAAAACUGGCCAUCAUCUGACUUGUUGGGAGCAGAAACCAAAAGUGAGAAGCUUGAUCACCUCCUGACUGGAAAAUACUUUAAGAAAUCUGAGAGUUUAUUUAUUGAGUUUAAUGUCUGUGUAUGCGUGUAUAUAUUCUUGUUGAUUUGAAGGAGAGAAAAUGCAAUUUUAUUUCACCGUUUUGGGAGAUUUUACAUGUUAAAAUGUUUCUUUCCAUUCAGUGGUUAUGUUCGGGUUUCCUUUUUGUUUUUAAUGUAGGAAAAGGGGGUCACUCUAACAUAGUUUUUGUAUUUGUGUCUCCAAAUGCAACAUCAGCCAAAUUCUGUCAGGUUUUUUUGUUUGUUUGUUUGUUUUUUUGGGCAUACACUCCAGUUAUAUUUUACUGUACACUCAGACAACGUCUUAAAGAAGAAUCUGAAAAUCUGUUUUCUGGUGGAUUUUUCUUUUCCUGAACUCUAACAGGAGCACAGCCGUGUUUCGUGGGUGUUUCUUUAUUUUGUGAUACUCUGCUGCUUUUAAGACACCCGUUGUAGAAUUUUAUUUACACACUAACAACUACAUGUAACAGAAGUUCACUUUUUGGUACUUUUUAUUAGGCUAUACUUAAAAGAUAGGCAUAGCCUUUAGGUUUGAAACAUGAACCCAAUGUAGAAGUGCCUUAAUCCUGUAUUCUUUCUAAUGGCCAGCAGGGGUGACUUCUCUGGUUGCAAAGAAAAUGUAAUUAUAUAAAAGUUUAUGAGGAAAUGAAUCUACUUUAAGACCCCAGCAAAAAGGUUCCUUUUGAGUUUGCAGUCUGAAUUGCAAGUUUCACUUUUUUAUUUAGUAUAAUUUGAUGUUUGUUUAGUAAAACAAGGUCCCAAUUAGUAAAAUUGUGAAUAUCUUUUGAUAAACAAGUUGGCAGUCCUUGAGCUCGCAGUUCCUCCAGUUGUCGACAGUAAAAAUAAAUGCACAACUUCAUUGAAGAUGAAGAUGAUGCUACACCCAUCUUUUGAUAUAAAGUUUAUGGUUGCACCGCCUUUACUUUUUCUGUCAUCUUUCUGUAGCAAAGAUUUUUUUACAAGCAACAAGUUUCCAGCUUUGCUCUAAAAGAUGUGACCAAGUCUUCUGGGAUAGGACACCAGGAGUAUGAUACGAAGCAAGCUAAAGGAAAGAUAAUCACAAGCUGGUGUUAAUAAAAAAAAAUUAGAUUUUUCUUUUAUUGUUGCGGUUUUUGAGAUCGGGAGCAUUAACAUAUCACCCAGCAGCAAAAAUGAUUUUGAAAUUUGAAUAAAUUAGUAUUACUACCUCUACUACUACUUGUUUUCUGGAUGAGGAAAUCUGAAGCCAAAAGCAUUUCCAUUAUUGCGGAAUUUCCUGUCUUGUGAGUGAGAUGUCAAUGAAAGUGAAUUUCAGCUGUGGUGGGAAAGGCCAGAGAGGUCAGUAAAUUUCCAAAACUUCAGCAAGUGCAACACAUGAUUAGAAUUUUAGUGUUUUUAGAAAAUAAACAUUUUUGACGUAGUUACAUGUAGUUGAUUUAAUGUUAUGUUUCACAAAUUAUUAUUAUUUUAUUUUUUUCACCAAAUACAAAAGUGAUCAUCAAACAUUUAAAUGUUAGAUGAUGCAUUUUAUGUCUCAGUUGGCAAACCUGCAACUUUUUGCACCAAACUAGGUGCUUUGUGAGUGUGACUUGUAUAUUUGAAUCAUUUAUUUGGCAGGUUUAAUUCCAUGUUACUGCCUACCAAAGACUAAAAUACAGCACUGAUGCUGCUUAUAAAGAUGCUGUGGCUGUUGGCUGGCAUUUUCUGUGCAAAUAUUGUAGCUGAACAGUUUUGGGGAAAUGCAUUUCAAGCAGGCUGUGAAUGUAUUUGUAAGGAAAAAAGUGCUGCUUGAAUGAGAUUUUUCAUCUUUUUUUUCACACUUAAAAUGCCACUAGAUAACGCUAAUGGGAAAGAUUGUCAUUAAAUGGCAACCGAAGUCAUCUAUUUAAUUAUUCACCAAUCAACUAUCCAGUUUAGUUGACACCAAUUUAAAUCAAAUAUUGAAAGUAAACCAGCAGCCCCUCCAAACCUUUAAUGACAAACCCCAGUGAGUAAACACUAGUUCUACUUUUGAAUUUGCAUUAGCUUCAUGUGCUCAUGUUUUACUCCGUUUCCAAGAAAUGUUUCUAUUUCUUGUCUUUUAAGCAAGAAGUAAGAAUUUUGCAAGUGACAAAGAUUCAAAGAGUCCACGGUUUUUGUGGUUUAAAAACAGAAGCAGCACACAACACACAGUUCUGUCACAAUGCUGCCGGUAUCCCGAAUUUCAUAAUCAUAUUAUCACAGACUUCAUCGAGUGACUGCAAUAAUUUCACUCCCCUGUCUGCAGAGAAGCUAAAGGACUUUCUCACUGCUGUGUUGCCUUCACUACUUUUUAAUGACUGUACUUUUUUGUGUGUAUUCAUUCCUGUUUUCUUUUUCUUUCUUCCUUGUUUUUUACUUAAACACCACAGAGACACGCAAACACACACUCCUGUUUCAAAGGACUGUAUUUUUUUCCGUGUUCGUGUUGGAGUGGCCCCCAAUCCCACACCCCCUGCUUUAAAUUGUUCUGGGUUUGGGUUUAUUAUGGUGCACGUGAAUGUGUUUGUCAGUGCCUAUAUAAUGUUGUUUUUUGGGUUUUUUUGUACCUCAGAACACUGUUAGUGAUUGUGGUAAUAACUUUUUUUUGUCUCGAGUUAAAUUUGGGAACAGAGCGAAUGGAGCGGCUGGCAUUUGGGAAAAAAUACUGAUUGUCCUUCAUUCUCUCUGGCAUGCUUUAACUUAAAAAUAUAAAUAGACAAGGUGUAAAUACUGUUUUAUAAUUUCUGUCUUAAUGAGUUUUGAAAAUGAAGAAAGUUAUUAAUAAA